UCGGCCCGGGGGAGCCAUGGCUGGACAGCAAGGCGAUGCACACCGCCGCCAUCCCCAACCCCCAUCCUCCUCUCCUCAUCCGGAUCUCUCGGCGGAAGGGGAACUGCCCUCCCGCCAUUCCACCGCAGCACGUCACCAUGCCAGUGACGUCACGGAGCACGCUGACGUCAGGCAGCAGGGCCUAGCCGGACGUGUUCCCAGUGUGUCCCCCCCGAGCUGAGGAGCGGGCUCCGUGCGGCGGGGACUCGGAGGAUCGAGCGGUGACGGUGUGCGCGGUGCUUCUUCCUGUGACUCGGGCCGGGAGGCGGCUCCCCCGUGGGGACCCGAGACGUUCACACCGGUGAUUGGCUGCAGCUCGUCCCCGAGCUGUGAGUUCACAGGACGCAGUUUAUUAUGGAAGACAUAUCGAAGAAAAGCAGCAAUAGUUCAGAAAACAUACAGACUAUAUCAUUUCCCGCAGCAGCUUUCCAAGCAUCAAAUAUAUCUCAAAUCACUCAACAGAUGUCGUUAAGAGGUUCAGCCCCCCUCACUGUUGUACUGCCUGGGGACCAAGUUCAAGUUCAGGGUGUAAUCCAGACAGCCCAGUCUUCAUCUGUCAUUCAUUCUCCCCAGGUAGCUUCCUCACAGGUAUCCUCACUUUCUGAAAGUGAGGACUCUCAAGAUUCAUCUGACAGCAUUGAUUCUUCCCAAAAAGCACGUGGAAAUCUAGUGCGUCGGCCGUCUUACAGAAAAAUCUUAAAAGAUCUUUCAUCAGAAGAUGCUGGGGAUAGGAAACGAAAUGACGACAGUGCUAGUGUUUCUACUGUUACAUCUAUGUCUGCUGGGACCAUAUACCAGACAAGCACCGGGCAAUAUGUCACAAUUGCUCCCAACGGAACACUCCAGUUAGCCACUGCUGGCUCAGAUGGAACACUGACAAUGGCAAAUGCUGGUAGUAACCAAGCGGGCACAACAAUACUGCAAUAUGCCCAAACCUCAGAUGGUCAGCAGAUUCUUGUGCCUAGCAACCAAGUGGUUGUACAGACUGCCUCAGGAGACAUGCAGACCUACCAAAUAAGAACCACCUCAACCACCACCUCCCUUCCACAAACCGUGGUCAUGACCUCCCCUGUUACACUGUCCUGUGGAACUGGCAAGUCAGACGAUCCACAAUUAAAACGUGAAAUUCGUUUAAUGAAAAACAGGGAGGCUGCUCGUGAGUGUCGCAGAAAAAAGAAGGAAUAUGUUAAGUGCUUGGAAAACAGAGUGGCAGUGCUUGAAAAUCAAAACAAAACAUUAAUCGAGGAACUAAAGACUUUAAAAGAUAUCUAUUGCCACAAAACUGUUUAAGAUGGAUUUUUUUUUUUUUUUUUUUGGUGAACUGUCUACAUUUUAGAUUGAAGAAUUCUUUUAUACCAAAUUUUUCUAAAACAUGAAAGGUCAGAUUGAACCCUUUUAUAAUCUAUCCUUCACCACAUUUUAAAGAGAAGACAAUACAAAUGAAUGUCACCUCACAAUAACUGUGUAAACAUCUGAAAUAUAAUGGGAGGAAGUGAUCCGUUAAAAACUAAAUAAAAAAAUUAUGAAUUGUGCGUUGCAAUUAGUAAUUACCUACAGUGUAACUAGUAGUACCACAAUUCUUGCUUUACAUUGCUUAGCAAACAUGAGUUGUUGUCAGUGAUACAUAUUCAUAUAGGUUCUAAUGUUUUCAAUAUUUUUUUAUAUAAUUUCUUUGUACAUAUUUUGCUUCUUUCGGUUAGUCCCAAUUCUGCAGUUAAAGCUUAUUUUGCUAUAAUAUAUUAUAGUAAAAGGUUUACUCAUUUCAGCAGGCAUAUUUUUAUUUCUUUGUUUGCGGUGUCUAAUAUUUCAUCUGCAGAGGAUAAUUUUUUUGUUUUUGCCAAUUUUAUUCCAUGGGUAACCAUGGCACCUGCUUUAGUAGCCAUGAUGAGCUCAUAAUACAUACACUUUUAAACCAAAUGAUGGUUAGUUGUAAGAGCUAAACAAGUUGUAAAAUGUCUUCAUAUUUUUUGGCUAUGGGGUGUUAUAAAUUUCUAUAAAUAAUAAAGUGUGA